CGAUUAUUCAUUAAAGGUGCCAAAAUUGUGAAUGAUGACCAUUCAUUUUCAGCAGAUGUUUACAUUGAAGAUGGUGUUAUCAAAUUGAUAGGCAACAAUUUAGUCAUCCCCGGUGGAGCGAGGACAAUUGAUGCAAGAGGCAAAAUAUUGAUGCCAGGUGGCAUAGAUGCUUCAACUCACCUCCAGCAAUCCUCUGCAACAGUCAAGUCAGCUGAUGACUUCUACUCUGGCUCUAAGGCAGCUCUGGCGGGAGGGACCACCAUGAUAUUUGAUUAUGUGGUACCAGAGUUGAAUCAGUCAAUCUUAGAAGCAUUCAACAAGUUUCACGAGAUGGCUAGUGAAAAGUCCUGCUGUGACUUCAGUCUCCAUGUUUGUCUCACUUGCUGGAGUGACAAAGUGGCCCAAGAAAUGGAGGUUCUUGUAAAAGAGAAAGGAGUCAAUUCAUUCCACAUAUCUCUUGCUGGAGAUGCAGGCCACAUUGCCUGGAAUGAGAGGGAGUUGUAUGAAGUUUUGAAAAAAUGCAAGCAACUGAAGGUUUUGCUGCUGGUGCAUGCAGAGAAUGGAGCUAUUAUUAAAGAGAAAUUAAAGGAGGUCAUUUCCCAAGGAGUAACUGGACCAGAGGGUCAUUUUUACAGCAGAGCUGAAGAGGCAGAGAUAGAUGCAGUGUAUCGUGUUGUAUCGGCAGGCAACCUAGUGAAUGUCCCUGUCUACAUCAACAACGUCACUUCAAUGUUUUCUGCUAAUGUCAUCUCGGAAAUGAGACGCAGAGGGAAGGUGGUUUUUGGUGAAACAAGAGUAUCUUCAUUAGUGCUGACAGGAAAGGAAUAUUUCAAUGAAUCCUGGAGACAUGCUGCCUCUCAUGUUGUCUCGCCUCCCUUCAGGAAUGAUUCCUCCAUUCCGGGAUAUCUUGUUAACCUUUUAGCCAAUGAUGAUCUGCAAGUUGUCUCAUCGGACCACUGCACUUACGACGUCAGCCAACGAGCGCUUGGCAAAGAUGAUUUCACAAAAAUACCAGCUGGUGUUAAUGGCAUUCAGGAGAGGUUGCUCGUCGUCUGGAGAAAGGGAGUGUUGACAGGCAGGAUGGAUAUGAACAAGUUUGUGGCAGUUACAAGCACCAAUGCUGCCAAGAUUUUUAACCUCUAUCCACGAAAGGGUCGUGUGGCAGUUGGAUCAGACGCCGACCUGGUCAUUUGGGAUCCCGACCUGGUCACUACGAUUUCUACAAAGACUCAACAACAUAAAGGUGACUACAACGUCUUUGAAGGCAUGGAGGUUAAGGGAGGGCCAUCCGUAGUUAUAUCAGCUGGGUCUGUCGUGCUCGAUGACGACGGGUUUCGAGUGACCCAGGGGAGUGGGCAGUACGUGUCUCUUCCUCCAAAUUGUGAUUUCAUUUAUGCUAGGAUCUCUGAGAGGGACAAAGCUAAUGCUCCACAGAAAGUUGUUCGAGAACCGUACAGUGGUCCAUCAUUCAACUUAUCAAAUGGGAUUGCUGCUCUGGAAAUCAGCAGCAGCAGUCAGCAAGCAGCCCACGCUGAGAAGGGCGGUGAGUUCUACAACAGAGCAACCAGCAGUGGCGGCAGACAUCAGCAGGAUUCAAGUUUUCAUCUUAGUGGAGCUCAGAUAGAUGACAGUCAACCAGUGAAGCCUUCCAUGAAGGUCAGCCAGCCACCAGGUGGGAGAUCUUCUCAACUGUGGUGAGAAAGCUCAACAAACAUGCACGCACGCACCUACACACACCCACGCUUAUAUACUCUUACUUAUGUAGACGCCCGCAUUUGUGAACACGUCCAGGCACAUGUAUACACACAAUUACGCACACAAACACAUUCUAAGGUUCGGUGCAUGCCACCAUUAUUUACAAUACUGACCAUCAAAUUUUGCUCUGGUCAAGUGUUCUUGUUUGCAUGUUUUGGUAUCAAAAUUUAACAUUUAAAACUUAGUUCAAUUUUGUAAAUGUUCGUUAAAUUGUUUGGACGCGUGAAUGUUUGUGCACGUGUGUGUGUAUGAAUUCGUGCUUCGUUUUUGUUGUGUUGUUUUACACAUAUUAGUCUAUCUUUAUUUGUACGCUUGUCCACAACUCGUGUGACACCAAGUCUGCGUUGAAAUAUAUUCCAAAAUUUAUGAGGACAGUUGGCGGGCUGUUGCACUGCUGAAAGAUGAACAUGGCGUCAGCAUUAUAAAAACAAACAUUUUUUAAAAAUAAACAUUGUUAACAACAUUACAUUAAAAGUAAGUAACACUACAUUAAGAAUCAUUAAAAAUAAGCGAUUUUACACACAUGACGAGCUAACAAUCUUGCAUUAUUUUCAAAAUCUUAUUCCACAAGAGCGAGUUAAGUUUCAGAAGUUAUUCAUUUUGUGUAUUCUGUCUGCAUUAGUGUUUGAGUGUUUAUUAUUAUUAAAUUUUUAUAAUAUGGUUUUUUAAUUGCUAAUAUUUUUGGCAUUGUUACACACUUUUCUUUUGUAUACUUUCACGUAAAUGUAUGUUCUAACCAUAGACUUGUUUUUCUUUAUGUUGAUUGGGGACAUUAUUACGUCACGGAUGAAUAUUUCCAUUGCAGUCAUUUUACUUCAGUUAGUCAACAUUCUAAAGAACCAUAGGGAUUCUAGAAAAAAUAAUAUUGUUAUUAUUGUGUAUUAAGUUAUUCUGGAUGUUUUUUGAGCUUGUUUAACGAAGCUUUCUUUAAAUCAGUGAAAUAUUUAAUGUAUGUAUCUUGUGAAAUCUCUGGUUGGUUAUAAAGUUGAAACUUCUUGUUUGAACCUCUUCACUUAUUUAGUCAAAGUUUUACACUGUUUUUUUUGUAUUUGUAUUUUAUUGUUAAUUUUUCAAAUCAUGUUUUUUUACCUUUCAAAUGUUAAAAUUUAACUUCUUCAAUGUAUCUUAUUAAUUUAAAAAAAUCGUUCAAUUAUUUAAUUAUUUAUCAAUGAAUAAUUGGUUACGAUCAAAUUAUGUUUGAUUUUUAUUUCAGCUAUUUUCUGAUGUCAUCUUUUUCCAAUUUGUUGAAAAAGUCUAAAAGCUUUUAUUAAUAUUCAAAUUUAUUUUAUAUAUUAAACUUUUAUUAAUUAUUAAAUUCAUUUUGUUGAACACGUUUAAAGGACACAAACUACUUUUAAAAGGUCGAACCUGUAUACUUAAGUAAAUUUAUAGUAGUAUUUCAUCUUGUUUUGAAUGAAGUUUCAAACUAUUAUGUACGACGGUUUCAAUGUAACAUUUUAUUAAACCGAGGCGGGAAUGUAAUCGAGGCUCUCUAGAAAGAUUUUCAUAAAUUUUUGAAAUUUUAAACUAUGAAGUCCAAAUCAUUUCUAUUUCACAGAUUUAUUUCCAAUUAUGUUCAGUUUUCAAUAUCUUUACAGUUAGAUUUGUUUUCUUGUAGGUGUCCUUUUGCAUGAAUUAGGUAUAUUCGUCAAUUUCUUGUCGACUUCUUUUUUAUUUGGGAAUUGCGUGUCCUCUUAAUGACGGCAUAUUUCAUAAUUUCCGUUGAUGUUCGACUACAAAAUUGGUUAUUAUUGACAGCUAUUAAAAAUUACUGAUCCGAAUGAUUUGGAAGAUUAGAUUUGCAAUGUUUCAAAUAAAAAUUAAAUAAAUGUUUCUUUC